CCACUGUCCUCCCCCUCCCCCCCACAUCCCCCCCUCCAGUACCCCACACACCUCUCCCAUCACCUCAGCUCCGAAAAAUUAAAAAGACCACCCCCCACGUGGACUCAUCUGGGGCUCAACCUUUCGGUCACCUCCGUCCUUCGUGACCCUCUCCUCCUCCUCCUCGUUGCUCAAUCUACCUCUCCUAUAGCGUCCGUAGUCCUACCUUUCGCCCGCAAUGGCUUCGUCUCUUCCCCGCCGGUUCGCCCUCUCCUCCUCCUCCCUCAGACCGGCCCGGACACUACUGCCGUCGUCUUCCACACAGUCCUCGAGGGCUCUGUCAUCGCUGUCGAGGCUGCUUCCCCGGGCACAGAGCAGUAAUGCCGCUUCGAAAACUGUAGGCCAGACCUCCGCGAGGUGGGCGGCCAUCCAGCAGGCACGAACAUUCACCUCGUCGAGGAAGUUGUUCGCCGACGAGGCCCCCUCGACCAAGGCCUACAUCGCCUCGAACGCGAUUGCCCGUGUCCAGGACCUGGUGGAUGUCAACAAAGUGUUGGUCAUCGGUAGUGGCGGCUUGAGCAUUGGACAGGCGGGAGAGUUUGACUACUCUGGCUCGCAGGCUAUCAAGGCACUCAAGGAGGCCGGCAAGAAGUCGAUCCUCAUCAACCCAAAUAUCGCGACCAUCCAGACGUCGCAUUUCUUGGCCGAUGAGGUUUACUUCCUGCCCGUCACCCCGGAAUACGUCACGCACAUCAUUGAGCGGGAAAGGCCAGACGGUAUCCUGCUCACCUUCGGAGGACAGACCGCUCUGAACGUUGGUGUCCAGAUGGACAAGAUGGGUAUCUUUGACCGUUACGGAGUCAAGGUGCUAGGAACCCCAAUCAAGACUCUGGAGACCAGUGAGGAUCGUGACCUGUUCGCGAAGGCUCUGCACGAGAUUGAUAUCCCGAUCGCUGAGUCCAUCGCUGUCAACACUGUCGACGAGGCAUUAAAGGCCGCCGAGACGAUCGGAUACCCUCUCAUUAUCCGUUCCGCCUACGCCCUCGGAGGUCUGGGAUCUGGAUUCGCCAAUAACCCCCAGGAGCUCCACGAUCUGUCGGCCCGCUCGCUCUCGCUGUCGCCCCAGAUCCUGGUUGAGAAAUCGCUCAAGGGCUGGAAGGAGGUCGAGUACGAGGUUGUCCGUGACGCCAUGAACAACUGCAUCACCGUCUGCAACAUGGAGAACUUUGACCCUCUCGGUGUUCACACCGGUGACUCCAUCGUCGUUGCGCCUUCGCAGACGCUGAGUGACGAGGAGUACCACAUGCUCCGGUCCGCCGCCAUCAAGAUCGUCAGGCACUUGGGUGUCGUCGGAGAGUGCAACGUUCAGUACGCGCUCCAGCCCGACGGACUCGACUACAGGGUCAUCGAGGUCAACGCUCGUCUCUCGCGAUCGUCCGCCCUGGCUUCCAAGGCCACCGGAUACCCGCUCGCCUACACCGCGGCCAAGAUCGCUCUCGGACACACUCUGCCUGAGCUGCCCAACGCCGUCACCAAGACCACCACUGCCAACUUUGAGCCUUCGCUCGACUACAUCGUCACCAAGAUUCCCAGGUGGGAUCUGAGCAAGUUCCAGAACGUCAACCGCGACAUCGGCUCUUCGAUGAAGUCGGUCGGUGAAGUCAUGGCUAUUGGACGUACCUUCGAGGAGUCCAUCCAGAAAGCCAUCCGUCAGGUUGACCCUCAGUACCUUGGAUUCCAGGGUGCUCACUUCGAGGACUUGGAUGAGGUUCUCAAGAACCCCACCGACCGCCGAUGGCUCGCCGUUGGUCAGGCCAUGUUGCACGAGGGCUACAGCGUCGACAAGAUCCACGACAUCAGCAAGAUCGAUAAGUGGUUCCUGUACAAGCUCGAGAACAUCGUCGAGAUGUACAAGAAGCUCCAGGACAUCGGAUCGCUCUUCGGCAUCAACAGCGAGCUCCUGAUGCAGGCCAAGAAGAUGGGGUUCUCCGACAAGCAGGUCGCCAUCAGCGUGGGCUGCACCGAAGAUGAGGUUCGCGCCAGGCGUAAGUCGUUCGGAAUUCACCCCUGGGUCAAGAGGAUCGACACCCUCGCCGCCGAGUUCCCCGCCGAGACCAACUACCUCUACACCACCUACAAUGCCACCGAGCACGACGUCAAGUUCGAGGACAACGGAGUUGUCAUUCUCGGAUCUGGAGUCUACCGUAUCGGAUCGUCUGUCGAGUUCGAUUGGUGUGCCGUUUCUUGCACUCUCGCCCUCAGGGAGAUGGGUGUCAAGACCGUCAUGAUCAACUACAACCCCGAGACCUACUCGACCGAUUUCGACACCGCCGACAGGCUGUACUUCGAGGAGCUCAGCUACGAGCGUGUCAUGGAUAUCUACGAGCUCGAGAACUCUACCGGUGUUGUCGUGUCCGUCGGAGGACAGCUUCCUCAGAACAUCGCCCUCAAGCUCAAGAACAAGGGCGCCAAGGUUCUGGGAACUGACCCCGAGGACAUCGACCGUGCUGAGGACAGACACAAGUUCUCCAAGAUCUUGGACAGCAUUGGUGUCGACCAGCCCGCCUGGAACGAGUUGAAGUCGGUUGAUGAGGCCCGUGUCUUCGCCGACAAGGUCGGAUACCCCGUCCUCGUUCGUCCCUCGUACGUGCUGUCCGGUGCCGCCAUGAGCGUCAUCCGCAGCGAGUCGGAGCUCGAGGCGAAGCUCAACAACGCCUCGAGCGUGUCCCCCGAGCACCCCGUCGUCAUCACCAAGUUCAUCGAUGGUGCCAUGGAGAUCGACGUCGACGCCGUUGCCUCCAAGGGUAACCUGAUCAUCCACGCCGUUUCGGAGCACAUUGAGAACGCCGGUGUCCACUCCGGUGACGCUACCCUGGUCCUUCCCCCCGUCACUCUUGACGACAGCAUCAUGGCCCGUGUCAAGGAGAUCGCCGAGAAGGUCGCCAAGGCAUGGAAGAUCACUGGUCCCUUCAACAUGCAGAUCAUCAAGGAGGAACUGGAGGACGGCAGCUUUGCGCUCAAGGUCAUCGAGUGUAACCUCCGUGCCUCGCGUUCGUUCCCCUUCGUCUCCAAGGUCCUCGGAACCAACUUCAUCGAUGUCGCCACCAAGGCUCUCGUCGACAAGCAGGUGCCUGAGCCCACCGAUCUGAUGAAGGUGCCCCGCGACUACCUGGCGACCAAGGUUGCCCAAUUCUCGUGGACUCGUCUUGCCGGUGCCGACCCCUUCUUGGGCGUCGAGAUGUCGUCGACCGGAGAGGUUGCCUGCUUCGGAAAGGACCUGGUCGAGGCCUACUGGGCGUCGAUCCAGUCGACCAUGAACUUCAAGGUUCCCCAGCCCGGCUCGGGUAUCCUUGUUGGCGGUAACACCAAGAAGCCCGAGAUUAAGAAGAUCGUCGAGUACCUUGCGCCCAUGGGCUACAAGAUCUUUGCCACCACAAGUACCACCGCCAACGAGCUCAAGGCCUUGGUCAGCGGCGUCGAGGUCACUGUCAUCGAGUUCCCCAAGACCGACAAGCGCAAGCUCCGUGAGGUCUUUGAGAAGUACGACAUCAAGGGUGUGUUCAACCUGGCGGAUAAGAGGGCUGAGGACAUGCUGGACGUGGACUACGUCAUGCGCCGCAACGCCGUUGACUUCAACGUUCCCCUCUUCAUGGAGCCCAAGACUGCUGUGCUGUUUGCCCAGUGCUUGAGCGAGAAGCUGCCGUUGGGUGAAGGUAUCCCCGCCGAGGUCCAGAGGUGGUCCGAGUUCAUUGGCGGAAAGCCUUUGUAAAGGGUCAGUUAGGGACGGUUUGGGGGAUUGAUUGGGGAUUUGAAAGGCGUGUUGGGGGUUCGGGAUAGAUGCAUUUCUUUUUCUUUUCUUUUUCUUUUUCAUAUCCUCAUGUAAGGUAUUGGCUGGUUGUUUCUUUUCUCUUUCCUAUUUUGGUUUUUUCUCUGCGAUUAUACUCUAGGGUGACGACUUUUUCGCGGGGUUCUGUUGUUUCCUAUUUCCUCUUCCUUUUUUUUUCUCUUCUUCUUUGUGUAUAAAGUAGUAGUUGGUGGAUUGUGGUCGUGGUGGUGGUGUAGUGCAGGCAAAAUAUCUCUUCUUUUGGUUCGGAA